AUGACAGAGGAGAUAGAUCGCCAUGUUUUGAGGAAGUACGAGAUCGUACAGAAGUUGGGUCGAGGGGCUUACGGUAUCGUAUGGAAGGCUAUUGAGAAACGUACACGUGAAGUAGUUGCCUUGAAGAAGUGCUUCGAUGCCUUCCAAAACGCUACUGAUGCUCAGAGGACCUUCCGAGAGAUCAUGUUCCUACAGGAGUUGAAUGGUCAUGAUAACAUUAUUCGGCUCCUAAACGUGCUUAAGGCGGAUAAUGACCAGGAUAUAUAUAUAGUAUGUGAUUAUAUGGAGAGUGACCUUCAUGCAGUUAUAAGAGCUAAUAUACUAGAGGAUAUACAUAAACAAUACAUAAUAUAUCAACUACUGAGGGCUUUGAAAUAUAUGCAUACGGGCCAGAUGCUCCACCGAGACAUCAAGCCGUCGAAUAUUCUCCUCAACUCAGAUUGCCAAGUGAAAGUGUGUGACUUUGGCCUGGCACGCUCAGUCGUACAGAUGCAGGAUGCUAGUUCUAAUCCGGUCUUAACGGAUUAUGUGGCGACGAGAUGGUACAGAGCUCCUGAGAUAUUGCUUG